AUGUUGGUCUUCUUUAUGAAAUUGUCUGCUAAUUCUUCAAUUUCUAGUUUGUUCCCACUUCUCUUUGCUUUUCUUCUUUUGUGCACUAGUGAUGCAGUCGUAAAGCUGCCGGAAAACGUAACUUUCCCGGCAGUGAUAGCGUUCGGAGAUUCGAUCAUGGACCAAGGGAACAACAAUAAUAUCCAGACGUUAAUCAAGGCCGAUUUCCAUCCAUAUGGGAAGGACUUUGAGGGUGGAUUACCAACAGGAAGGUUUUGCAAUGGGAGAACCCCUGCAGACUUUCUAGCUGAAGAAUUAGGAAUAAGAGACAUUUUGCCCGCAUAUCUGGACCCGAACCUGAAUACUGAAGAUCUCCCCACCGGUGUAAGCUUCGCUUCACGAGGCUCAGGAUAUGAUCCUCAAACACAUAAGACAGUGUCAGUUCUAUCGUUAUCGGAUCAACUGGACAUGUUCAAAGAAUACAUAGGGAAGCUAAAAGGGACAGUGGGAGAAGAAAAAACUAACUACAUUUUAGCCAACAGCUUCUUUGCAGUAAUAGCAGGCAGUGAUGACCUUGCCAAUACCUAUUUCACAAUUGGUAUCAGGAAAUUCCACUAAAUAUAUCGACUAGGUGCACGAAGGAUCGCUGUUUUCAGUGCUCCGCCGGUGGGGUGUGUGCCGUCGCAGAGAACUCUGGCAGGGGGACAACUUAGAAUGUGCAAGGAGGAGUAUAACCAAGCUGCCCAGUUGUUCAACACCAAGCUGUCCCGUGCGCUUGAUUCGCUCCAAACCAGCCUUGCUCAAUCCAGGGUUGUCUAUCUAGAUGUCUACAACCCUUUGAUAGACAUCAUCCAAAACCCUCAUAACUAUGGCUUUGAUGUUGUGGACAAAGGGUGUUGUGGUAAGGGAAAAAUAGAAGUAUCUGUGCUAUGUAACAAAUUGAGCAUGACAUGCCCGGAUGAGUCUGUUUAUCUAUUUUGGGACAGUUAUCAUCCCACUGAGAGAGCAUACAAAAUCCUCGUCCAUCAGAUCCUCCAGAAGUAUUCUUCAUCCUGUUGUUCCAUUUCUAGGUUGUUCCGACUUCUCUUUGCUUUUCUUCUUUUGUGCACUGGUGAUGCAAUCGUAAAGCUGCCGGAAAACGUAACUUUCCCGGCAGUGAUAGCGUUCGGAGAUUCGAUCGUGGACCAAGGGAACAACAAUAACCUCCUGACGUUAAUUAAAGCCAAUUUCCCUCCAUAUGGGAGGGACUUUGGGGGUGGAAUACCAACAGGAAGGUUUUGCAAUGGGAAAACCCCUGCAGACUUGAUAGCUGAAGAAUUAGGAAUCAGAGACAUUUUGCCGGCAUAUCUAGACCCGAGUCUGAAUACUGAAGAUCUUCCCACCGGUGUAAGCUUCGCUUCAGGAGGCACAGGAUAUGAUCCUCAAACACCUAGGAUAGCGUCAGUUCUAUCGUUUUCGGAUCAACUGGGCAUGUUCAAAGAAUACAUAGGGAAGCUAAAAGGGACAGUGGGAGAAGAAAAAACUAACUACAUUUUAGCCAACAGCUUCUUUGUAAUAGUAGCAGGCAGUGAUGACCUUGCCAAUACCUAUUUCACCAUUGGUUUCAGGAAACUCCUCUUCAAUGUUGAUUCCUACACUGAUCUUAUGCUUGGCUCAGCUUCCACUUUCAUAAAGGAAAUAUAUCGACUGGGUGCACGAAGGAUCGCUGUUUUCGGUGCUCCGCCGGUGGGGUGUGUGCCGUCGCAGAGAACUCUGGCAGGGGGACUACUUAGAAUGUGCAAGGAGGAGUAUAACCAAGCUGCCCAGUUGUUCAACACCAAGCUGUCCCGUGCGCUUGAUUCGCUCCAAACCAGCCUUGCUCAAUCCAGGGUUGUCUAUCUAGAUGUCUACAACCCUUUGAUAGACAUCAUCCAAAACCCUCAUAACUAUGGCUUUGAUGUUGUGGACAAAGGGUGUUGUGGUACGGGAAAAAUAGAAGUAUCCGUGCUAUGUAACAAAUUGAGCAUGACAUGCCCAGAUGACUCUGUUUAUCUAUUUUGGGACAGUUAUCAUCCCACUGAGAGAGCAUACAAAAUCCUCGUCCAUCAGAUCCUCCCGAAGUACAUCAACAGGUUCGUCUGAAGUGCAUUCGCCUCUUGGAUUUCUCUCUCAUCCAAUCUCUUCCGCCAGAUCAAAUAUCAGACGGUCGACAUUGGUCCUUUACUCAAAUUAGAAUUACAAAAUGUAACCAUUUAUCAUGUGUUAAGUGUAAACUUGUAUGAUGUCCUG